AUAUUUUUUAUUCCUUUCCAAUUGAUAUGAACUUCCUUUCCAUUCCAAUAUUCAAUUAGCAUGAAGAUAAUGACUAGAUCCUCUCAAUUUCUCUUCCUUUCACUCCUUGCUAUUUGGUUCACAUCGCUUGCUUUUGGAGCCACUACUCAUCCUGACGAAGUGCAAGCUCUGAAAGAUAUAGCUAACACACUUGGUAAGAAGGAUUGGGACUUCAACAACGCAGAUCCAUGCAGCGGACAACGGAACUGGAUUACUCCCUCGGUGAACACUGCAGUACAGAACAAUGUCACCUGCAAUUGCAGUAUACCCGGUGAAAACUUUUGCCGUGUUAUUAUAAUAUUGCUGAAAUCUGAAAAUCUUCAAGGGAAGCUUCCCCCAGAACUGAUAAGGUUGCCUUACCUCGAAGAAAUUGACCUCACUCGCAACUAUCUUAACGGUACAAUUCCUAAAGAAUGGGGAUCCUCCAAUCUUCGCAAAAUUUCUCUUUAUGGAAAUAGACUAACUGGUCAAAUUCCAAAAGAGAUAGGAAAUAUCACUACACUGGAAAGUUUGGUCCUUGAGUUCAAUCAAUUCUCUGGAAAUCUUCCUCCAGAACUGGGAAACCUUUCUCACAUUCAAAGACUGCAUCUUACCUCCAACAACUUUACUGGAGAGAUACCAGAAACUUUUGCAAGACUUACAACAUUGACAGAACUCCGACUUGGUGACAAUCAAUUCUCUGGAAAGAUACCUGAUUUUAUUCAAAAAUGGACAAAUCUCAAUAUACUAGCAAUUCAAGGGAGUGGUUUUAGUGGACCAAUUCCUUCUGGUGUUUCAUUUCUGCAAAACUUAACCGACUUGAGAAUUAGUGAUUUGAAUGGACCUGAUUCUACUUUUCCUCGAGUUGAUAACAUGACAAAAUUGAAUGUAUUGAUAUUAAGGAGUUGCCUUAUUAAUGACACACUACCUCAGUAUCUUCAAAACAAGACAAACUUCAACGAACUUCAAGUCUUAGACUUGAGCUAUAACAAAUUAAGUGGAAACAUUUCAGAGAACUUUGAACAGCUAUUAGGAGUGACUUACUUAUAUUUAACAGGAAAUUUACUAACUGGACCAGUGCCCAAGUGGAUAGAGAAAGCUAAAAAAAACAUAGAUCUUUCAUAUAACAACUUCAGCAAUGAAAACCCCCAGCAAUUGACAUGCCAGGCGACAGAAACAAAAGUGAACUUGUUUGCAAGCUUUCCAACGGGGAAUAAGGGACCCAUUUAUUGUCCGAGGGCAAGCAACGGUUGUUCUAAAACAUUUAACUCUCUCCAUAUAAACUGUGGUGGAAGUGAGAUAAACAGUGAAGGCAUAACAUAUGAUGAUGAUUUAGAUCCAGCAGGACCAGCAACAUCUAAAGAGCACGGACAAAACUGGGCAUUUAGCAACACUGGUCAUUUCUUGGAUAGUAAUAGCACUAUAGUACAGUCCUAUAUCCAACAAAAUAAAACUAGGCUUUUGAUGACUGAUUCUGAUCUGUAUAAGACCGCACGUGUUUCCCCCAUUUCCCUGACUUAUUAUGGAUUUUGCCUGGAAAAUGGAGACUACACUGUAAAGCUCCACUUUGCGGAGAUAAUGUUCACUGAUGAUAACACAUAUAGCAGCUUAGGGAGGCGUAUAUUUGAUGUCUACAUACAGGGAGAGCUGGUACUGAAGGAUUUCAACAUUGCAAAUAAAGCACAAGGAGUUGGAAAGGAAAUAAUAUUACCAUUUCCUGCUUAUGUGGGUAAUAAUGCUUUAGAGAUCCGAUUCUAUUGGGCUGGGAAGGGGACAACUGCUAUCCCAUAUAAAUCAGUAUAUGGACCUCUUAUAUCAGCUAUAUCUGUCAGUCCAGACUCUACAGGUAGUAGCAUAUCUGCAGGGGCUGUGGUUGGAAUAGUGGCUGCAGCAGUUUUUGUUGUCAUCCUAAUUGUACUGUGGUGGAGAGGUUGUAUAGGAAAAAAAAAAUCAUUAGCGAAAGAGCUAAAGGAUUUAGAUCUACAAACUGGUUUAUUUACCUUAAGGCAAAUCAAAGCAGCAACAAAUAACUUUGACAUUUCCAAUAAGAUUGGGGAAGGAGGCUUUGGUCCUGUUUAUAAGGGCACUUUGCCGGAUGGCACAAUAAUAGCAGUCAAGCAACUUUCAGCAAAAUCGAAACAAGGAAACCGUGAGUUUGUAAAUGAGAUAGGCAUGAUCUCAGCUUUGCAACACCCUUGUCUUGUUAAACUUUAUGGCUGUUGUGUUGAGGGAGAUCAGUUGUUGCUGGUAUAUGAGUAUAUGGAAAACAAUAGCCUUGCACGGGCUUUAUUUGGCCGUGAAGAAUCCCGUUUAAAAUUGAAUUGGCCAACAAGACACAAGAUUUGCGUUGGUAUUGCUAGAGGCUUAGCUUUCCUGCAUGAAGAAUCAAGAUUGAAAAUUGUUCACAGGGACAUUAAGGCCACUAAUGUGUUGCUAGACAAAGACUUGAACCCAAAGAUAUCUGAUUUUGGUUUGGCCAAGCUUGAUGAGGAGGACAAUACUCACAUAAGCACCCGAAUAGCUGGGACCUAUGGAUAUAUGGCUCCUGAAUAUGCAAUGCACGGUUAUUUGACUGACAAAGCUGAUGUCUAUAGUUUUGGAAUUGUUGCAUUGGAAAUUGUUAGUGGAAAGAAUAACACCAUGCACCGGUCAAAGGAAGGAGCAUUGUAUAUUCUUGAUUGGGCACAUCUGUUGAAAGAGAAAGGUAACCUAAUGGAACUAGUUGAUAAAAGGUUAGGUUCAGAUAUCAAUGUAGAGGAGGCAAUGGUGAUGAUCAAAUUGGCUCUCCUAUGCACCAAUUCCACUUCAAACCUUAGGCCAACCAUGUCUUCAGUUCUAAGCAUGCUUGAAGGCAGAACAGUGGUUCCAGAAUUUGUUUCAGAUUCAAGUGAGGUAAUGGAUGAAAUGAAGUUGGAGGCAAUGAGACAGUAUUACUAUGAGAUAGAAGAAAAUAAGUUUAGUGAGACACAAACAGGAAGUCAGAAUUUAUCAAUUGAUGAUGGACCAUGGACUGCUUCAUCUUCAUCAGCUGUCGACCUCUACCCUGUCCACAUUGAUUCUUCUUAUUGGGAGAAAAGAAAAUGAAAGUCUGUAUAUAUUGCACCUGUAUGUAUGUGUGAUGCCCUUUGUUCUCACAUGCUCAUUUUUUUUUCCUCUUAAACCAUAAUUUCAUGAAUAUCUAUGAUAAUUGUUGGCCUCAAAAGGUUCUUCUUUACAA